GCUACUGACAGCCAAACGAAGCGAUUGGUGAGGUGAAGUGCCUGUGAUGCGCUCGCUCAUCGACACUCUGGUCGCUGUUGUUUUGCGUUGGAAACCAGCUGAAUCGAUAAUCCAAACAAAAGUGCUAGUCUAGUCAUCAAAAUGUGCAAAUUUUCGUAGAAAUCAGCAGAAAAGUGUGAAAAUUUUCGGCUGAGGUUAUCGUUUCGCUGUUAAAUGGUGUAUUUUUCGUAAGAAACAAAGAUGAGUCGUAGCGCCAAGGCGAAAAGUGCUGCGAGCGCUAAAAACGAAUGCGUCCAGGUUGUGGUACGCUGUCGUCCACUUAGCAACAAGGAACAGGCCGGCAAUUUUCAGAAGGUAGUCGACGUAUUUCCGAGCCGAGGCGUAAUCGAGAUUCUCAACUGCAAUGAAACGUCACGGGAGAACAAGAAGAUGUUCACGUACGAUGCGGUGUAUGAUUGGGCAUCAACCCAGCAGCAGCUGUACGAUGAAGUCGUCCGUCCGCUUGUUUACUCGGUGCUGGAAGGAUUCAAUGGGUGCGUAUUUGCCUAUGGUCAAACUGGAACCGGUAAAACGCACACCAUGGAGGGCAUCCGGAAUGAUUCCGACCAAAAGGGUAUAAUUCCUCGUGCGUUUGAGCAAAUUUGGGCUCACAUUAAUCGAUCGCAGAACAUGAAUUUUCUGGUUGCCGUCUCCUAUCUGGAGAUUUAUAUGGAAGAGUUGCGAGAUUUGCUUAAACCAAACUCAACGGCGCAUCUGGAAUUGCGAGAACGUGAAGGUGGAAUUGUGGUGCCCAAUCUACACUCGGUGCUGUGCAAAAGCGUUGAAGAUAUGCUCAAUGUGAUGCAUAUGGGUAAUAAAAACAGAACAGUUGGAUUCACUAACAUGAACGAACACAGCUCGCGAUCGCAUGCAAUUUUCUUGAUCAAAAUUGAAAUGUGUGAAGUUGGUUCAACUCUAGUCAAGGUUGGAAAGUUGAAUCUGAUUGAUCUGGCCGGUAGUGAACGCCAGUCAAAAACGGGAGCCACGGCUGAACGCUUAAAGGAGGCUAGUAAAAUUAAUCGCGCUCUGUCGUCGCUCGGAAACGUCAUUUCUGCGUUGGCCGAAAAAUCUCCGCAUGUUCCGUAUCGUGACUCAAAGUUGACACGUUUAUUGCAAGACUCACUCGGGGGCAAUUCGAAAACUAUAAUGAUCGCUAACAUAGGUCCCUCUGAAUUUAAUUAUAACGAGACGCUAACGACACUACGGUACGCCCAUCGGGCCAAGACGAUCGAGAACAAACCGGUAAUGAAUGAAGACCCACAGGACACCAAACUGCGCGAGUAUCAGGAAGAAAUCGCCCGUCUCAGACAACUUAUUACCGAUCGUCAGAAACGUGAAUCCGUUCCAAAGGUUAGAAAGAUUAAACCAAAGCCGGUCAAGCGGGAGGAGAGCCUCGAAGAGGAUGAAGAAAAGUCCGACUCCGAAGCAGAAGAGGAAGAAGAUGAAAAGGAAAACGAGCAGGACUUCAGUGAGCUCGAUGCCAAAGCGCAAGAAGCCCUCAUGAAGGAACGAGAAGCGACUGCAACUUUAGCAGCGAAAUUAAGCGAACUAGAGAAUCAACUAGUCAAGGGAGGUAAAAAUAUCCUCGACACUUACACCGAACGCCAGCUCGAACUGGAGAAAAAAAUGGCUGAAAUUGCGGAACGUAAGAAACGUGAAAUAGAAAUGCAGCAGCAGUUAGAACUGCAGGAGGAAUCGACAAUGGAAAUCCGAGAAACAUUCACCUCCCUGCAGCAAGAGGUCGAGCUGAAGACGAGAAAGCUGAAGAAGUGCUACGCAAAGUGCAUGGCAUUGAAGCAGGAACUGCAGGACACCCGUGACGAGCACAACCGCGAUCGGCGUGAGCUGGAAAUGACCCAGAACGAGCUGAUCAAGGAGCUGAAACGCCUGCUGCUGAUAAUCGAUAACUUCGUCCCGGCAGAGGUCAAAUCACGGCUGUACACGCAAGCCAAGUACGACGACGAGGCUGAAGAGUGGUAUCUGAACAGCAGUAUGAUCCUGAGCGGCAAUUUGGUGAUGGCACGCCCCGUGGCUGAUCCCAACCGGAGGCGGCCCAUGUCCGAGCACGCACUGCACAUGAUCAAAUCGAACACGGCAGGAGCCGUUCGUUAUAAGGGCGAAAACAUCGUAAACUACGAGCUGGACAUGCCACUGCGUACCACCUACGAGUACUCGAACCCGAAGGUGUCCGCCUCGCUACAGGCCGUACUGGCGGAGGCAAUGCAAACCGAGGACGAUAUCGAUAUUACCGAUCAGGCCAACUAUGCCAGCAUGAUGAAGCAGCGGCUCGAUCGGAUCACCCGUCGCAACGUGGUUCAGGAUGCACAAAACGGUGCCAGUUCCUCCGGUAGUGGAGUCGUCGCGAAUGGACCCAUCACCAACGGGAUUCCACCGGCUAGCAGUAGCGGUGGUGGUUCGGGGGGUGGAACAUCAGGUGGCACCAGUCGUGCCCGUUCGUCAAUUUACAACCGUGGAAUGUCGGCUGCGCCUACCUUUGGGGCACACUCAGGAACUUCCACGGCCAAAAAGGCCCCUCCGGCUAGUGCUGCUACCUUUCCGAAGGCGCGUGGGUUAAUUCCCAAAUAGAUCCAGCGCCAAGGUGAAACUGAAGUACUCAUUUAGCGCCCUCUCAUUUCAUCCGCAUCGAUUAUCAAUUUAUGGAUUAAUGUUUGGCUUCCUGAGUCAGUUUUCCGUUUUGCUUUCAAAUCUGGAUUGGUUUACACGAGCUUGAAUGUAGGAAAAGUUUCACACGCGCGCGCUUAUUGGCAGUAGAAAAAAGGCACAAAGUCAGGCACAGAUGGCAUUAUCCUGGCCGGCAAUACCUCUUGAGACGAGGCCCGGCUGUUUGACGGCACCCGAAACACACUUUAGGAUGAGAAAAAAAAGUAUUGUUUCGAAAGUUAGAGCUUAGAUUAACUAUAGUCUAAAAGGUGUCUAUAUCGUAGCUUGAUUUUCAAAUUAUUAUAAAUUUCCGCUUUUGGUUGUCGAUGGAUUUCAACUAUGUAAGUGUAAAUAGAAUAUAGAUUUAUUUGUUAUUCGUUCUUAACAGAUUUCAGUUUAUAUAAGUGGGGCUAUUUUGUUAAAAGUAUUGUAUUUAGGCACAAAAACAUCUUAUUUUUAUAGAACAUUUAGUUGUAAAACCGUUACAGAUUGUGUUCCUUCGGUAUUAUUUUCCAACCUAUCUUCGUUAUAUUUUGACUGAUAUUUUAUAACACGGUAGUCAUUUUGUUUGCUAUGUUCGCAGUUGUACAUUUGUUUUCUUUUUUUACCAAAGCAUCUCAGUCACAUAUUUGUGUAAGCUCAAAUUUUGCGUAUUCUUUGCUUUAAAUACUGUGCAUUAUUGAAAGCUUACUGUAAACCGCAGGCAACUUUAUACUCAUUGAUAUAUAGAGUAUUGGUUUUAGUCAAUUAAUGUAAUAGGCGUUUAUUUAAUUUGGGCCAACAAUUCUUGACUGAAACAAGGACCGUCAUAAUAUUACUAUUUUCAAAAUCAUCAAAAAUGCUCAGACACUAAAAAGGCUAUUCUAAAAAUUUAAUGUUUCGUCUAUAAAAAUAAAUCAUCAGCUUAUUGUUAAUAAAAAUUACUGAUCAAAAGUUUAAAUGAAGAAAACCUACCUAGCGCAAGAAAGGUAAAAUAAGAGGACGAUAAAAGGAAAUGAAGAUCGAUUAAACAAUAAACUCAAUUUGUACAUUGUUCA